CUGAGAAAUCAUAAAAUGCACGCGGAACUAAAGUGCGGUGGUCUGGAGUUCCGGUCGGAGCGGAGAGCGCGUGCACACAGCGUGGAGCAGAGGAACAUGGCGUGUGUGAAGAGUCAGCAGUGUUCAGUCUGGGUCGGAGCCGAGACCGGCAUCCUGAAGGGUGUGUGUGUGAGCAGGAAGCAGGUGUAUAAUUUCUGUGAGAUGAGCAGUCUGAGCCGAGACGAGGAGAUCUGCACCAUCACCUGGGGGGACGAGCACGAGACUGAGGUGUUAAUGGGGAGUGUUAAUGGCAGAGUGAAGACGUUCAGUACAGAGAAGGGAAUUUUCACUGAGAGUCGAGAGUGUGCGGAUUUAUCACACGGACGAUUCACCGGCCUCGCUGUCACAGACAGGUCGUUAAUAACGUGUGUGGAGUCUGGACUGCUGAAGGUGUGGCCUGAAGCAGGCAGUGAGACAGUGGAAAUAAAUGUGGGGAGCGGAGUGUGCCGAAUGAGACAGAACCCAUCAGAGCGGCACCGUGUGGCCACAGGAGGAAAGGAGAACCCGCUGAAAGUGUGGGACCUGCAGAGACCGGACACGCCCGUCUUCACUGCCAAGAAUGUUGCUAAUGACUGGUUGGAUCUGCGUGUCCCUGUGUGGGUUAGAGACAUGGCCUUCCUCACAAACUCCAACAAGAUCGUCACCUGUACAGGACAUCAUCAGGUGCGAGUGUAUGACCCAUCGUGUCAGAGGAGACCGGUGCUGGAAGCGAAGUUCGGGGAGGUUCCUCUGACGGCGCUCUCGGUUCCACCUGGUGAGAACAGUGUAGUGGUGGGGAACACACACGGCCAACUUGCCACACUCGACCUGCGCAAAGGUCUGGUGCGUGGGUGUAUGAAGGGUGUAGCAGGCAGUGUGAGGGGGCUGCAGUGUCACCCAUCGUUACCCCUCGUCGCCUCCUGUGGCCUCGACCGAUUCCUCCGCAUACACAACCUGCAGGACAGAACAUUAAUGCACAAGGUGUAUCUGAAGUCCCGGCUGAACUGUGUGUUGCUCUCCAGUAGAGAUCUGCAGCACUGUGUGUCCAAUGAGGAUGAACAGCUGGAGGAGGUGAAAGCAGAAGAGGAUGAGGUCUGGGACACCAUGGAAACAGUGACAGAAAAGGGCGGGAAAAGAGCAGCACAAGAUGAGGAUGAGGUCAGAGACGCGACUGAGAGAGACAAGAAGAAAAAGAAAAGGACAAAGAAGUGACGACGGUUUUACUGCUGAUGGCUGUGUGUGUGUGUGUUCUGUACAGACUGGUUUAUAAGAUUAAACUCUCAGUGCUCAA